GCCGCGCCGGACCGCGGGGCGGCGCACUUCCGGCUGCGCGUCGCCGCUCGCACACUGCUGGGCCUCGGAGCCGGCCUGCGCCUCCCUCCGCUCCGGCGGGCCUCGGGGAGAGAGAGGGGUGGAAGAUGUCUAUGGAUGUGACCUUUCUUGGGACAGGAGCAGCAUAUCCAUCACCGACCCGUGGCGCCUCUGCGGUGGUUCUUCGGUGCGAGGGCGAGUGCUGGCUCUUUGACUGUGGGGAGGGAACACAGACCCAGCUUAUGAAAAGCCAGCUUAAAGCAGGGAGAAUUACCAAGAUCUUCAUCACACAUCUCCAUGGCGACCACUUCUUUGGCCUUCCAGGCCUCCUCUGUACCAUCAGCCUGCAGAGUGGCUCUGUGGUCGCCAGGCAGCCUAUUGAGAUCUACGGCCCCGUCGGGCUUCGGGACUUUAUCUGGAGAACCAUGGAGCUCUCUCACACGGAGUUGGUGUUUCCUUACGUGGUUCACGAGCUAGUUCCUACAGCUGACCAGUGUCCUGUAGAAGAACUGAGAGAAUUUGCACACAUGGAUGAAACAGACAGCUCUCCCAAAGGACAAGGACGAACUAUCUUGCUAGAUGCAGAAGAAAACUCAUACUGUCUGGUUGAUGACGAGCAGUUUGUGGUAAAAGCAUUUCGCCUCUUUCAUAGAAUUCCAUCCUUUGGCUUUUCAGUUGUGGAAAAGAAGCGUGCAGGUAAACUCAACGCACAGAAGCUGAGAGAUCUCGGGUUUCACUCUGUAGCCCAGGCUGGCCUACAAGUCACGGUAUAACUCAAAUCCAGACUCAUGGUCCUCCAGCCUCUGCCUCAAGAUUGGUUGGAAUUCGAAGUUGCACAGUCCUGAGGUAUGUUUUCAAUGACAUCUUUGUGUGAGGUGUAGGUGUGUGUCUGUGUGUCCCCUCACCCAUACCUGUGCAUGCAGAGGCCAGAGGUGUCUUCCUUCCUUUUUGAUAUAGGGUCUCUCACUGAGCUUGGAACUCAUUGCUUUACCUAGGCUUACUACUCAGCAAGCCCUUAGGAUCCACCUAUUUCUGUCCCCCAGUGCUGAGGUGACAGAUGCAAGCGUUACCCCAGCUUCUCACAUGGGUGCUGAGGCUCUGCACACAGGUCCUCUUGCUUCUUCAGCAAGCACUUUACCCACCGAGCCAUCUCCUUGGUCCUUCAGUGACAUCUUUGGUGUAAGGAUUUUUGCCAUAGGUGUUUACCUCACACUAGCAGCCAACUACCUCAAGAGUUUCUUUUCUAUUUAUCCUGCCUGCUCAUUCAACCUUGUUGUAUUCACAACACUGCACUGUUGCGGGAAAUAUUAAAAAAGAAUCGGCACAUGUACCAGCAACUCUUGGCCUGCUGCUGUCCUGCCAGCUCUCUCCACCCAACAACUCUCUUGAGGGGCCCGAGCUCCCAAGUUCCUCUCGCUGCCACGCAACGACCAUCCACCCUACGGUCAGCCACCACAACACCCAUCUACCCGGUAGAAACAAGACUCUGGAAGCUUAUAAUUAACCAAUCAGAUAUAUAAAUAAAUUCUCAAUUUACAAGAAGCCAAUAUGAUAAUUUCAGAACCAAUUGAUAAUGAUAAAAGCUUUAUCUCAAUUAUUCUAACCUUAUGAUGUCAUAACUACCUGUGGCUGGUUAAAGUCCCACUGGUUUACAUCUGCCUCCAUCUUCCUUUCUUUUUCUCCCUCUGAGACACUCUCUGUCUCUGCAACUCUUAGCUCCGCCUCCCUUUUCCCUGUCCAAUCACAGGCUAUUGCUGCCCUAAUAUAAUUAGACAGGGAAAAUCCAGCAACAAUGCACCUUACCCAGUUUUGCAUACUACAGUUCAUCAUAGGUGGAAGGAAACACAUAACAUGGGCACUGGCCCCUGAAGACUUUGUAGUUUCUUCUCCUUAGGGUCCCACUUCCAGCUUCAGCACUAUACUUGGCUUGGCAUGCCAUGGUAUCCCUGUUGGAGGAAUGGUGGUGAUUCUGUCUGAUUUUUAGGUAUGCAGUAUGUUUCCCAACUAAGACAGUAGACUGUUCUAGAUAAUGAGGAAAAGUGACAAGGCCAAAGAUAUGUUUGGUGAUCUUAAUAUUGUGGAAAUACUGUUAUAUUUGGAAACUUUAAACAUGAUGUCUGUUGGAAAUGUUGGCCACAUAGUUGCUUGUAAGAAUUAUCUACAGUGUUAAUCUAUACUAAUACUACACUGAAGCUUGAAAAUUUGAAAUUGGUACCAUCCACCAUUAUGAUUAAGCAUGCAGAAUUGCCUUAAACAUCCCUUGGCUGUAUUUUUGUUUGUUUUGUUUGGUGUGUGUGCACGCGUGUGCAUGUGUGUGCGUGUGUUUGCCACAGUGUGCAGAUGGAGGUCAGAGGACAGCUUCUGGGAGUCAGUUCUCUCCUUCUACCAUGUGGGUCUCAGGGGUCAAAGGAGGUUGUCAGGCUUGGCUGCAAGUGUCUUAACCAGCUGCCAUCUCCCUACCCAAACCUACGACCCCAUUAAUCUCUCUUAGCAAGUUUCUUCCUUAGUCAGUCAGUUCAUAGACAUUUGUUCUGACUAGAGAUAUUGAUUACAUAAUUGUUUACAUCUGUUCUUUGGUGUUAUAAUAAAUAAAGAUCCUCAAAAACUGUUAUUCCCAUGCAACACAGAUAAUCCAAGCUGGUAGUCGUAAGAUCUAAAUGUUACUUCAGAGCUUAACAGUGAGCUUACAUAUGUGCUCGGAAAAGGUUUCAAGCAUAGAGCCAUUGUUAUUAACAACAGUCCACACUGAACUUUUAAAAUAUUUAAAUACCCAUGUCACAGUUGUCUGUAAGUGGUAAAGUAUUUCUUUCAGUUUGAAAAUGAUUGGAUGCCUUUAAAUUUUUUUUUAAAAUUGUAUAUGUAUGGGUGUUUUGUCUGCAUUGUGUCUGUGCACCAUGUAUGUGCCUGUCACCCUCAGACAGUUGUGAGCUGCCAUGGAGGUGCUGGGAACUGAAUCCAGGUCCUCAGGAAGCGCAGCAACUGCUCCUAACUGCUGAGCCAUCUCUGUCCAGGAUCCUGAAUGCCUUUGCUAUCUGCUGUUUGCUAUAAGCUGUUGAAAGUUGUCUCUUUGCUAAUCAUAAUUCCAUAUCCAUUGUAUCAUCAGGUGUGCCACCAGGUCCUGCCUAUGGGAAGCUGAAAAACGGAAUUUCUGUUGUUUUGGAUAAUGGAGUUACAAUUUCUCCCCAAGACGUCUUAAAAAAGCCUAUGGUUGGAAGAAAAGUUUGCAUCCUGGGUGACUGUUCUGGGGUUGUGGGUGACGGGGGCGUGAAGCUGUGCUUUGAGGCCGACCUGCUGAUCCACGAGGCCACUCUGGAUGAUUCCCAGAUGGACAAAGCGAGAGAGCACGGCCACAGCACGCCGCAGAUGGCAGCGGCGUUUGCAAAGCUGUGCCGUGCCAAGAGGCUAGUUCUGACCCACUUCAGUCAGAGGUACAAACCAACCGCCUUGGCGAGAGAAGGGGAGGCAGACGGCAUCGCAGAGCUGAGGAAGCAAGCAGAGGCCGUGUUAGAGCUCCAAGAAGUGACUCUAGCAGAAGAUUUUAUGGUGAUCGGCAUUCCGAUCAAGAAAUGAAACCCGAGCUACUGAGUGCAUUAAUGAGGACGUGGUAUGGAUGUAUUACCAGGCCUGCACCACAGAUUUUGUGUUGUGGGUUGUGAGUGAUUUUUUUUUCCUUAAAAUUACUUUGGCCCUAACAAUCCUAAAGAUGGAGCUGGAUUGCCGAGCUGGCUCAGUAGUGAGAGGGAACAAGAUUUUGAAUGAUGAGUCAUUUUUAAAAGAUGAAAAAUUUAAAUGAUUUAAAAUUUAAAUUUUAGGUGAUGAAAAAUCCUUCUUAAAGUGCAGGUGUGACAAAACAAUCCAUGUGCAGGGACUUACUCUGUGGCUGCUGCUACAGAGAGAAUUCCACACUCUGGGCAGUGUUAGACUUAGCUUUGCCGAGCUCAGUUGCCAUUGUUGGCAAAGUAUAUAAGACUGGGUCCUCUUGGCUAGAAAACGGGAGCAGAAUUUGCAUAGAGUUUGUGUUCCUGACACAGGGAUAAACGUACGGGCAAUACUGGUGCAGUAUUGAUAACGUGGUGGUGCUUUCGCCGGAACGGUCAGUACAGGUUUGGGCUAAGUUUUAUCUUAGCACUUUGUUCAACAUUCUGGUUUCUUUUAGCACAUGGACCUGGGUAGUCUACUGAGAAUGAAUUAGAUACAUUGGAUUGGUUUUCCUGUUGCAGUGACGGAGGGGAGAUGGUGACAGCACAGUAGAUUAGUCAGUGGGGGUCAGGAAUGCCAUAUAUGCUGCACAGUUUGCGUUAGUCCUGCGUAAUAAUUACCUCAAAGUUCUAGGCCUGUUCAGAGACACAGAUUCCACCUUUUAUUCCUAAUGUGAAUAUGCGCUGCCAAAGUUAAUGGUGUAAUGGAUUAGUAGAUGAGCCAUAUCCUCCAAUAGGAGGCAAAGGAUGGGCGUGCUGGAAUUGGAUGCCACAUCAGGUAGUAUUUGGAGACAUGAGCCAUCAAGUGAAUCUUACAGAUGUGGAGAGAGACAGUCACCCCCUCCCCAGGGAGCGUCUGCCUCAGGCCUGGUGGUCCCGGAGCUGGGUAGAGAGCUGCUGCCUCUGCUUCCAGAGACCAAGUUAGGAGGUCAGAGUGGCCUUGACGCUGCACUGCCAAGCAGCCUGGGUGAUUCUCAAAGACAUGAGUAUUGAACUAGCCUAGAAGAAAAAAAUUGUCUUUUUUUUCUAUGUAUUUAAAUUGAGGGUAUAUAUAUUUUAUAGAUUCUUAUAUAUAUGUUUGUGUAUUAUAUACUUUAUGCAUGGAUAUUUUUACAUGAAGGCUGACCUCCCUCCACUAUUUUCCUAAAGCAAAAUAAAGAUAUUUUAUUGGACAAAUAAAAGCUAGGAGUUUAUUAUCAGAAAAUCCUCUGUAAGAAAUUCUGAGGCAUUAUUUUGGCACAAUAAAAAUAAUGUUGGAAGGUUGACAAACCAUAAAGGGGCAAAGAGAUGGGUGUUGAGAAACACUGAUUACAGUGCCUACCGACAAGUCCAGACCCACGCUCUCAUUAGCAUCAAAUAGUCUCUCAAAGUGUGAGACUUCAUGUAAUUUAGAGUUGUAUCAUUUAAUAAUGUCUUUUAUCGCUGAGGUUGAUUUCUGUGAGUAGAAGGAAACUGACAAGAAGUCAAACUUCUUGUGUUCAGGUCUCUAUCUCCAAGGAGUUAGUUCUUUCUCAUUCUCUCUGUGUUACAGAACACCUUAGGCAUGGUGGCAAGGCUAAGGCAGGAAAAUAGGAGCCCGGGCUACAUAGUAGGACUUUAUCUUUUAAAAAAGACAGAAAAAAGUAAAUGUGACUUGUAACAUAUCUCAUGUCCAUUCACAUUCCUCACUGUCCAUGGGAGUGGCCUGCUUAGUACUUAGUACUUAGUGCUUAGUGCUUAGUACUCUAUUGAAGACAGGACUUCAUCAACUUAAAACCGAAGUCCUACCCUCUCUUUCACCUCUCCCUGUUUUUAACAAGGUCUCGCCGUGCAGCCCAAACUGGCCCCAAGCUCCAAGCACUCCUGCUCAGGAGCUGGGCUUAUAAACAUGCAUUUGUAAUCUGCCAUAGUGUUUUGAAUAAUUCUUUCCCAAGAAAAGUUUAUAGUUUUUAGGCUGGGAGUGUAGCCUGGUGGGAGAGCACUGGCUUAGUUUUGGUCUGUGGUAUAAAAAGGAAAGAUAAUUAUUGCCUCCUAGUGCUAAUAUCCUUCUUAUGUCUUUAAGUCAAUACAGAUAAUCUAACUCUUUUGUUUCUCUGAAUAUUCUGAUGUCAGCUUGAAAUUUUGCUACAUUUUCUCUUUUUAAUGAAAUAAGAAUCCUUCCCAAGUGUGCACAUCCCAAAUGGGCGUGGUGGUAUUUCACCUCACAAAGGUGUAUGUUUAGCGUGAAGUGAACGAGAUCUGUCUUUACUGACUGAUUUGAGGGCUAGGGAAUUAAUAGGAGUAUCGACUUCCUUCUUUCUCUUUCUUCUUUUUUCCUUUAAGAUUAGAAUCUCAUGUAGCCCAGGCUAACCUUGAACCUGCUAUGUAGCCAAGGAUGACCUUGAAUUUGUGAUACUUCUGUCUCCACCUCCAGAGUGCUGAGGUAACCGUCUUAUGUCACCAUGCUAGGUCUAUGUGGUACUGAGGACGGAGCCUAGGACUCUGUACCUGCCAAGGAUCCCAGAGCCCAAGUAUGUGGGGCUUUGGUUUGGUUUGGUUUUCUAGGGGAUACUAAGAAGGAAGCACUGGCCGCACCUUUGAAUAUUCUUUCAUGACAGAGAAAAAGAAGUCUAAGGGGAGACUGGGGGGUAAUAGUGGGUAAUGUUUCUUUUCUUCAGUGUGCAAAAAUGAAAAACAACUAUUUAAGCACAUUAUGUUUCAAAAAGCAAGAGAAGUGGCUGGGAAUGUAGCUCAGGGAUAGGACACUGGUUAGCCUGAGCAAGGUCGUGGGCUUGAUCCCCAGAGUGUCUACUCGACAACAGAAAAGUAAGGGGGCAGAGAGGGAACAUGAACGGUUAAGAGUGGGUUCAGAUAAGGAUGCAUGAAGAUGUAGCGAUGAAACGCAUUCGGUACAGUUAAAACGUAUUAAUAAUUCUUUUUAAGUGGAGAAAGAAGGCUUGGGAGAAGGGGCAAGAAGUUUGGGGAGACAAGACAGGUUGCUGCUUCUGUGGUGGCUUUAUGAGUCACCAGUACGAUGGAUGUUCUGACGAAGAGUGUGUAUAUAUCAUUUAGUAUAGCAGUUACGUCAUAGCACAUCCAUACAGAAUAACUCCUCUAGAUAACUGGUCAUCUCCACAUAGGCACUCCAGGGAGCUGACAGUUCAAGUCUUUGUAAUAUUCCUGUUCACCAUCUACUGCCGCCAGAGUGGGCUUUUUCCCAGGAUGUAAAUUUUUGCCAUCUCUCCCUGGCUUGAAACUUGGUAGUGAUCUGGCUUUACUCACCUCUCCAACCUGAUCUUAGUCCCCAGGGCUCCUUAGGUUUGCAGCCCCAGCCUCAAGAUCUUCUGAUGUCACAGAGCCGUCCAGUCUCUGCUUCCUUCCUGCUUCCUUCUCCUGAAAUGGCAUUUGCCACACUCCCCAAAUCAACCUAGUGAUUAACCUUACGUCUUAGCUUUGCUUUCAGGCCUCAUGGAAGUCUGCCUGGCCGGCUCCUUCCUGCUAGGAAGUGUACUUUGCUCAGCCCGUCAACCCGUCUUUUUGAUACUUGUCGGUCACAGCUUCAUUUAGCCUCUGUAUGUGAUGUUUCUCCUCCACAGCAGCUCUGUAAGCCACACCGGGGCAGAGCUCUUGUCUGUGUCUGUUCCCCUUUAUGACUGACUCAGUGCCUGGAACAUCAGAGGCACUCAAUAAAGAGUGUUGACUGGAUCACA